GCACAUCAAUCUUUUGUCAUCAGAUUCUCUCUGCUUUGCUGCGUUCUCGGUUCUCUAUCGUGUGUUAUCGUGCUUUAAUCGUUCCCUCAGAUAAAUCGGGAAAAUGGCCACUCGUCUGCUAAAAAUUAGCAGCGCGUUGCGUACAUAUUCCAAUAAAACCAGCCUUGUAAAGGUAUCGAAACAAUGGCAGUCAACUGCCACUUCUUUGAAAGAAGCACUCAUCAAUCAACCAGCUACAAGAGUUACAACUUUGGAUAGCGGAAUGAGAGUUGCCAGUGAAGAUAGUGGAGCUGCCACAGCCACUGUUGGUCUUUGGAUAGAUUCUGGUAGUCGAUAUGAGACAGAUGACAACAAUGGUGUUGCUCAUUUCAUGGAGCAUAUGGCUUUUAAGGGAACUGCUAAACGCUCUCAAACCGAUUUGGAAUUAGAAAUAGAGAAUAUGGGAGCACAUCUGAAUGCUUACACGAGUCGAGAACAAACAGUGUUUUAUGCAAAAUGCUUGUCACAGGAUGUACCAAAGGCUAUUGAGAUUCUCAGUGAUAUUAUACAAAAUUCUAAGCUGGGUGAAAACGAGAUUGAGAGGGAACGUGGUGUUAUUCUACGUGAGAUGCAGGAGGUUGAAACAAAUUUGCAGGAAGUUGUAUUUGAUCAUUUGCAUGCCGCCGCAUAUCAAGGUACAUCCUUGGGACGAACAAUACUGGGGCCUACUAAAAACAUCAAAAGUAUCUCGCGAGACGAUCUUGUUACAUACGUGAAGACUCAUUAUGGACCAUCUAGAUUUGUAUUAGCUGGUGCUGGCGGUGUAGAUCACAACCAAUUAAUCGAGCUUGCCGAUAAGCAUUUCGGCAAAAUGACAGGACCGAAUUAUGAUAAUAUACCAGAUUACGUUAAAUCCUGUCGUUAUACUGGCUCUGAAAUAAGAGUUCGUGACGAUUCGAUUCCUCUCGCUCACAUUGCGAUUGCUGUUGAAGGUGCUGGAUGGGCUGAGGCAGAUAACAUUCCUCUUAUGGUUGCAAAUACUCUUAUUGGAGGAUGGGAUCGUAGUCAAGGAGGUGGCGUAAAUAACGCAAGCAGUUUAGCUAAAGCUUGUACAGAACAAGAGUUGUGCCAUAGCUAUCAGAGUUUUAACACAUGUUAUAAAGAUACAGGACUUUGGGGUAUAUAUUUCGUUUGUGAUCCUAUGAAAUGUGAUGAGAUGACAUCAUAUAUUCAACAUGAAUGGAUGAAACUGUGCACAUCGCUUACUGAGAAAGAUGUGGCACGCGCAAAGAAUAUUCUUAAAACCAAUAUGUUUUUACAGUUGGAUGGAACUACCGCAGUUUGUGAGGAUAUUGGCCGUCAAAUGUUAUGCUAUAAUCGCCGGCUUCCAUUACACGAGCUCGAGAUGAGGAUAGAUAGCGUAACUGCUGAGACCAUUCAAAAUGUUGGUAUGAAAUAUAUUUACGAUCAUUGUCCAGUGAUUGCAGCAGUUGGUCCUGUCGAAAAUUUAGGGGACUAUAAUAAUAUUCGUGGAGCUAUGUAUUGGCUCAGGGUUUAAUCAUCUUCAAGCAUCAGUUAUUAAUCAAUUUUAGCGUAUUAAUUAGAAAUACAAUAUAAAUCGACGAUAUGCAUACGCUGGCUCAUGAUAAAACAUGCAAGUCGAUUAAUACUAACAAAUCAGUUUCUAAUAAACAUAAAAAUUGCAUCUUUCCCUAUAUGAGAUUGUAGUUUUAUUUUGCCAUUUAUCAAGCAAAUGUUCAAAUGUAUAUUGUUUGGCGAAAAUAAACCUCAGUCGAAAAUAUA